CACGGAGGUAACUUCGUAGUCUUGGAUUCCGUACUAGUACUCCAAUUGGAGCCCCACAGCCCAGCUCUCACAAAUUGAGGUCAUUCAUCGCCUGCAAAAGCUCCGGCCUCAAGGUCGAACAUUGCCGCAUCAGAGAGCCGCUCCACUGCGCCAUUGCACGGCAAUUGGACGCCUCCCAACAUGCGCAGGACUGGCUCUGCCUAACUCGAUUCUUCCAACGAUGCGGUCGCAGUUGACGCGCAAUGUGUACCUCCGACUGCUAGCCAGCCGCGGCUUGCUGCGGCCAUGCCCCUCCCCGCCCGGCCGCUGCCUCGCCGUCUCGUCACGCGCCACCCCGUUCCCGCUGCUGGCCCGUCGGCAGCCGCGCAGGACCUUCUUCGGCAUCUUCCAGAAGCCCCCUCGAAUGCUCAAGGAGCCCGAGAUCGAGCCCGGCUACGACGUGCUGCUGCACUACCGGAGCCUCGAGACCGAGAAUGCGCGACCACCCGAGCGGGAGGAGCUCCUCAAGGGCUGGAGGCAGUUCAUCCAGCACAAGCGCAAGAACCACCUCCGGUCCCUGAACUCGACACAGGCCUUCCUCGCCUACCGGCUCCUCCUCCACCUCGUCGAGACCGGCCCGGAGGACGAGGAGGGCCAGGGCGACGAUCUCAGCUUUGCCGAUCUGCGCGCCGCCCUGUGGGUCACGGCCAUGAAGCCUCCCAAGGGCACGACCGAGCACCAUCUCGACCUCGCGAAGCUGCUGUACGGAGAGAUCGAGCGGAGGAUACAGAAGAUGCGCGAGCUCGGCAUCGACGAGGACGUCAUCAGGGAGGCCGUCGGCGGCAAGGACACGGGCGACCUGGAGCUGUUCUUCACGGCGCUCACGCAGUACGGCGGCUCGCUCGAGGCCGCCCAGAGGCUGGCCGAGCUCAAGGACACCCUGGCCGAGAGGAAGCUGGUCCCUCGGGUACGCGUCUUCUGGACGCUCGUGCUGCGCGGUCUGGCCAAGGAAGGCCGCGAGGAGGAGCUGCUGGCCGAGUGGAAGAAGGCCGAGGCGGCCAAGGUUGAGUACAUGCCGCCGAUCCACGAGAUCAUGACGACCUUCUACGCCACGCGGGACAGGAUCGAGGAGACGAAAUACUGGUUCGAGAAGCCCGUCCACGCCAACUGGGCGCGCAGCCCAAAGUCGUACAUGGAGGUGGUGAGGUUUGCGCUGCGGAACGGGCAGCAGCAGUGGCUGCAGCCCGUCUUUGAGCAACUGAUCAACUCCAACCCCCAGAAGGAGUGGUGGGACGUCAUCUUCCAGUGGGCCGUCCUGGUCAUGGACAAGGGCGUCGAGGACAUCAAGCAGAUGAUCGACGUCAUGUCGUCGGCACAGGCAGGCAAGGAGGGCAAGGAGAGCCCGAAACCGGACGCGGCGACCAUCGACGCGCUCAUCACGGCCGCCAUCGAGAAGCAGAACCCCUACCUCGCCGAGCGGUUCGUCUCGCUCGGGGCCGAGCUCAAGAUCCGCCCCCGGGCGUCCACCUACAUCCUCCAGAUGGACUACCGGCUCGACGCCAAGGACUUCAGCGGCGUCCAGGCCAUCUACGACAAGCUCCUCCGGGGCGAGGUCGCCGUCAAGCAGGACGAGGACCUGCCGGUCCUCAACAAGUACCUCCGCGCCCUCUGCUCCGUACCGGAGCCGGACGUCGGGCGCAUCCUCGACAUCACGGCCGACCUCGAGCAGCGCCAGGCGACGCUCGAACCCGAGACGGUGGUGGCGCUGUGCAUGGUGUUCCUGCGCAGCGACAACCAGUACGAGGUGAUCGACACGCUCUCGCUGCACACCGUCUCGUACAGCCUCGAGGAGCGCGCCCAGGUGCGGCGCGCCUUUGUCGAGUACUGCCUGGACCGGCGGGUCAGCACGGCGCGCGCGUGGGACUGCUACUCGCUCCUGCGGCAGUUCUUCCCGGAGACGGAGCCCGAGGAGCGCGUGCUCCUGAUGGACGGCUUCUUCGCCCGCCGGCGGCCCGACAUGGCCUGCUACGUGUUUGGGCACAUGCGGUCGCAGAGCAACCCGGCGCAGCGGCCGACGGCCGACAUGUACGUCCGCUGCCUCGAGGGGCUCGGCCGGUGCCCCGAGAACGGCGGGGUCGAGGGCGGCGAGGAGGGCGCGGGCGAGUCGCUCCGCAUGGUGCACAACAUGCUCAAGAUGGACACGACCAUCCAGAUGGACACGCGCCUGUACAACGCCCUCAUGAUCGCCUACGCCGCCGCCGGCGAGCCCGACGUCGCCAUCGACUUCUGGCGCGACAUCACCAACUCGGCCGAGGGCCCCUCGUACGCCAGCCUCGCCAUCGUCUUCUGGGCCUGCGAGCUGCUGCCCUACGGCGACCGCACCGCCAGGACGAUCUGGCAAAAGAUCCAGCGCAUGGACCUCGAGGUGCCCCCGGACGUCUUCUGGGCCUACUGCGGCGCCCUGGCGGGCAGCGGCCACGUCGAGGAGGUCAUCCGCCUCAUCCGCGGCAUGGAGGCGAGCGUGGGAUACGGGCCGGGGUUGAUGACACUCGGCGUGGCGUAUAAUGCUCUCCCUGGCGAGAGCAGAAAGGAGCAGUUUGAGGCGUGGGCCCGGGCCGAGUACCCGGACAUUUGGGCCCAGCUGGAGAAGAAGGGCCGCAAGGAGACGUUAAGAGGCACCAAGUUCAACAUUGUCAGGGAUAUGAGAGCAUAAGAUUCUGUUUAGAGCUGGUGUUUGGUGUGGGCCGACGUUGCAAUUCGCGACUUGUAAAAAAAAAGAGGAAAUAUCCAGGAGGGGAAAAAAAAAAGAAGAAGCACUCUUCUGUACAUGUACAACAAGAAGGUCUAUACAGUUUCAGGGGCGCCGUGGCCACGGUUGUAUGGCCGGGCCCGUGUUUUGG